CUCACACGACUCACUCUUUGUGGGGGAAACUGACGUUUCGAUUUUUUUUUCGUUUUUUUUUUUCGACAUCGGAUCGGAAGGCGGUAUAUGUGGAGUAUAAUCGCAUGAUGUAUCUGGUAAUUACUACCCUGGUGUCUCUUGCCAGCUAUGUUAACGCUCAAAGUGCCAAUUGCGAUUUUGAUCAAGAAAUAGCAGUAGGGCAGACCUAUUACAUUUACAACCCUAACUACCCUAACAGUUACGCUCCGAGUACGGUAUGCAGGUGGAUGCUGCGAUGCCCCCCAGGAUAUAACUGCAGGUUGGACUGCGAUCUUAAUAUGCCUUCGACGUACAUGUGUUCCGGUGAUCACAUCCUCGUCUCUAGAUCGGGUGACCCUCAGCUAGUGGCAGCUGAACGGUACUGUGGUGAUGGAGUGUUGAACGUUGUCUCCAUGGGUCAAACAAUGAGCGUGGGGCUUGAAACCACUUACUACACGUCCGGUGGCAACUUUCUUUGCGAAGUGACAGCUCAAGAACCAGUUACAACGACAACCUGCAAAUGUGGUGUUAAGAAGACUACCCGUAUUGUCGGCGGUGAAGACGCAAAGCCCAACGAGUACCCAAUGAUGGUAGCCGUCAUCGAGCAAGGCUCGUCCACGGUCAUGUGCGGAGGCGUCAUCAUUUCCGAGACAUACGUGCUAACCGCCGCUCACUGCGUUGAAAGGAAGAACUAUAGAAAUAUCGGCGUCGUGGUCGGGGAACAUGAUUUGUCUACUGGAACGGAGACCCCUUAUACAAAAGGUUACCGAGUAAGCAGGAUCGCUAUACAUCCGUAUUAUUCAAAUGUCACUUAUGAUUACGACGCUUCGAUACUCACAACUGCGCAGCAAAUUGUGUUCAGUGACUACGUGGGCACCGUCUGCCUCCCCUUCAGGUACUCGCAGUAUGACUUCACUGGGGAAAAGCUAACUGCAUUGGGUUGGGGAACGCUCUAUAUAGGUGGACCAACGCCAGAUGUCCUUCAGAAAGUGGUGCUCGAUGUGAUCAGCCAAGAUGCGUGCAGUAGAAGAGUCAAUUCGCUCACACCUCGUCAGCUCUGCACGUAUACUCCAGGGAAAGAUGCCUGCCAGAUGGACUCCGGCGGGCCUCUCCUCUUCACCGCAAGCAACGGUCUUCUCUACAAUGCAGGCAUCGUGAGCUCUGGAUCCCUCUGCGCUUCCGCAGGCAGGCCGGGAAUCAACACGCGCGUCACAGAAAUACUACGGUGGAUCUUGUACAUUGCGCCAGCUAAUUAUUGUGUUAAAUAGAGUUAAGUGUUUGUCGAUUAUGUUAUUGAGAGAAGGAUAGUGCUAUUCAUUAUUAUUUAUAUCAGACUAAACAAUGUUCCAAUGCUAUUUAGAUUGCUAUGGGAUUAAAUGAACAUGCUGGUAAAAUGUGAUACAAUAAAUGCUACUUGAAAUAAUCAAUAUGCAUCACCGUUAUAUUUAUACUAAUAGCAUAAAGCUAAAUAGUUUGUUUGAUCGUGGUAGUCUCAGAAACUAAUGGUCUAAUUUGGAAAAUUCUUCAAGUGUUAGAUAGUUGAAUUAUGGAGGCUAUUAUACGUAAUGUCAUUAUAUUCUACAUCAUAUACGGCGCGGGUGAAAUCUUGGGGCACAGCUUCUACCUCAUGAUAGACUAGCUUUGGCUCUUUGUACAAUAUAGUGGAUUUUCUGCUGGUAUAAUAAUAUGAUAAAUUAUUAUGGCCCUCAUUAUUAAGUCAAACUAAGUAUACAAUGUUAUCGAAUAAACUAAGAAUAGUUUGAACCUUAAACUUGAAGCAAUAUUGUUCAUUAGAUUCCUACGAUUGACAGUAGAGGAAUGUACAGAUACGGUAAUACUUUAAAGGUUUUGCCCGCGGCUUCGCACGCGUUAAAUUCUGUAGUUUAAUAGAUGUAAACCAUAUAUAUAAAAACCUUGUUGAAUCACUCUAUCUAUUAAGAAAACCCACCAAAAUCCGUUUCGUAUUUUAACCUUAUUUUAUAUUUAUAUUAUUACCGUAACCCACAUUCAAUAUGAUGUAAAAUCUUAAUUGUAAGUAUGUUGUCUUAUCCAGUAAAAUGCCAAUUGAAGUGAAAACAGACGAUUCAAAGAUAUGUAACACAAAUGGAAAUGAGAAAUGAAAGAAAAAUUAUUGUUUUUGUUUAAAUGAACGACAGAUAUGCAAUACAGAAAAGAGUUUAGGAUCAGCCCCCAACCUAAAGGCUUUCUAUAAGCGUAAACUUUAGUACAAUAGAUAAUGUAUGGUAUUGACAUGCCCUAAUAAUACGUCACGUAUAUUGGUAGACAAGUAUUAUUUUCCUAUUCUAUCAAACGGAACGUGAAGUGAAACGACAAGAGAGUAGUCCAUCAUUAACAACGACUAAUUAAUAAAAUUUCGAAAAUCUUUAAUGAUUGAAGAUCGCGUAUUAUAUAUUGCAUUUAAAUUGUUAUGUGUCGUAUAUCACAUUGCAAUUUGCUAUUUUAGUGUCUUAUACAAAGUUGCAAAAUUGUUGUAUCUCUUUAUAAAUUGAUGUAUUGAUUUACUACGAUGUAUUGAUGUAUUGAUUUACACUAAUUCUGUUUAAAAGAAUUGGCAAUUUUAAUGCACUUAUAUUUAAGAGUUAAUUAAUUUAUUAAUGAUUGUUAUUUAUUCAGUAAUAUG